AUGGGGGUGACCGACCACAUCUUAAAAGAUGAACUGACCCUGGAUCAGAGUGCCCAUGGGCAGGAGGUAUCUGCUGGGGAUGGCACCCUGCCUGCUCACCCUUGGUAUUUCCCUGAACUGUCAGGAGCCUCUUUCUCCAGCGCAGGUCCCAAUCUGAAGGAGUGGCUGCGGGAGCAGUUUUGUGACCAUCCGCUGGAGCACUGUGAGGACACGAGGCUCCACGACGCAGCCUAUGUGGGGGACCUGCAGACCCUCCGGAGCCUGCUGCAGGAGGAGAGCUACCGGAGUCGCAUCAAUGAGAAGUCUGUCUGGUGUUGUGGCUGGCUCCCGUGCACGCCUCUGCGAAUUGCAGCCACAGCAGGCCACGGGAACUGCGUGGAUUUCCUCAUCCGCAAAGGGGCUGAGGUGGACCUGGUGGAUGUCAAGGGGCAGACUGCACUGUAUGUGGCUGUGGUGAACGGGCACCUGGAGAGUGCACAGAUCCUUCUGGAAGCUGGUGCCGACCCGAAUGGAAGCCGGCAUCACCGCAGUACCCCGGUGUACCAUGCCUCUCGAGUGGGCAGGGCUGACCUGCUGAAGGCUCUCAUCAGAUAUGGGGCCGACGUUGAUAUCAAUCACCACCUGACUCCUGAUGCCCAGCCCCCUUUCUCAAGGCGGCUCACCUCUUUGGUGGUCUGCCCCCUGUACAUCAGCGCAGCCUACCACAACCUGCAGUGUUUCAGGCUGCUCCUGCAGGCAGGGGCAAAUCCUGACUUCAACUGCAAUGGCCCCGUCAACACGCAGGAGUUCUACCGGGGCUCUCCUGCGUGUGUCAUGGAUGCUGUCCUGCGUCACGGCUGUGAGGCAGCCUUUGUGAGUCUUCUGGUAGAGUUUGGAGCCAACCUGAACCUGGUGAAGUGGGAAUCACUGGGCCCGGAGUCCAGGGGUAGGAGGAAGGCGGACCCGGAGGCCUUGCAGGUCUUUAAAGAGGCCAGAAGUGUACCCAGGACCUUGCUGAGUUUGUGCCGCGUGACUGUGAGAAGAGCUCUUGGCAAAUACCGACUUCACUUGAUUCCCUCGCUACCUCUGCCAGACCCCAUAAAGAGGUUCCUUCUCCAUGAGUAGAGUUCAGCUGUGGUGGCUUAUUGCAGUGAAGAAGAGGCCACUCUGCCGGAAGGGUUGACACCGCUGACUCGUGAGCCACGUCCUGUGCUGCCACCUGUCCUUAGCUGUUGGAGAAGCAGAAAUGGCCUUGUCCUUGUGGAUUGUAAUCCUCUCUCAGGUGCUGGGGCAUUGUCAGCGAAAGGCUCAUACAGAACUUUGGUCUUUGAAAACCUCUCUUUCUGCCCUUGCAGAUGAAUGCUACGGGCCAUGACAUGUGUGAAGUGUGGGUUGAGCUGGAGGUCUGUUGAUAGCCCCAAGUAGGGAAGAGUCUUAGCACUUUCCAGAACCAUGCUUCCAUUUAUUUUUCUACUUUACUAUUUAAUUGCUCUAUUAAAGCCUGAUAUCUG